AUCAUUAAGAUGUUAGUAUUAAAAUGACUUACACAUAGCUCUUCCCCCUAAGCGGCCUGAGGUGACCUCUGAAAAUGGUUUGCUAUUCGCUUGACCCAGAAAACCCUAUGAAAUCAUGUAAAUCAAGAGGUUCAAAUCUUUGUGUUCACUUUAAGAACACACGUGAAACUGCCCAGGCCAUCAAGGGUAUGCGUAUCCGAAAAGCCACCAAGUAUCUGAAAGACGUCACUUUACAGAAGCAGUGUGUGCCAUUCCGUCGCUACAAUGGUGGAGUUGGUAGGUGUGCCCAGGCCAAACAGUGGGGCUGGACACAGGGUCAGUGGCCCAAGAAGAGUGCUGAAUUUUUACUGCACAUGCUUAAAAAUGCAGAGAGUAAUGCUGAACUUACGGGUUUAGAUGUUGAUUCUCUGGUCAUUGAGCACAUCCAGGUGAACAAAGCCCCCGAGAUGCGGCGUAGAACGUACAGGGCUCAUGGUCGGAUUAACCCAUACAUGAGCUCUCCCUGCCACAUUGAGAUGAUCCUUACUGAAAAAGAGCAGAUUGUUCCUAAACCAGAAGAGGAGGUUGCACAGAAGAAAAAGAUACCCCAGAAGAAACUGAAGAAACAAAAACUUAUGGCCUGGGAGUAAAUUCUGCAGAAUAAAUG